GUAAGUCUCCCUGGCUGUGUCAUUGCCACUUGGGUUGCUGCUGUGUAUAAUUAUCAGCUCCGGUCUUAAAAAUGACUUUUUAGAACUGAAAUUGUGUCGACUGGAGUUAAAUUAUAAAACUGCUGCAGAAGAAUUUGCGAACCUGUCGGAUGCGACGAGCGCGAAUCGAUCAAAAGACAGGGACACCCAUACAUGUAUAUCCCAUGCAAAGCCUACACUGGAACAUGUGGGACUAUAGUCUCGGCAUACAUGUACUGUGGUUGCUUUGUUCAACAUUUAAAAAUCGAGAAUGGACGGAAUUAUCUGCAGUAACCGUAUGUGAAUAUAUCACCGUGUCCUCGACACCCGCCUGAAAAUUAUAAAUUCCUUCGUAAAAAUAAAAUUUAUAUUUAAGGCGUUCCUUUGUACUCAAUGCACUAUACAAAACCCCAAUUUGCCCCAAUGCACUAUACAAAACCUUGAAUAAUUCACAGUGAAUGCCCUAUAUCCUCCGAGUCAGUGCUACUUCAGUUGAACAAAGGCUGAGAUGCAGAAAGACCUUCGUGAGAGUCAUGGUUGAGAACAUUUUGAUAACGGCACCUAUAAUGUACACCGCGUGAUUCCAUAACCUUUUCAAUACACGCAAUAGGCAAAAUCAAUCUUCUCAGGAUUAUUUGCCAAAAUGGCUUCUACUAGAUUUACCACUGACCAUUACGACAACGACAGAUGGGGCUGGGUCAUGGUGGCCGUUACGUUUACUAGUUGUUUUGUCAUGUUUGUUCAUCUGAAAGCGUUGAGUGUCCUCUUGCUUCCGAUGACAAACGAUCUUGAGAGCGACCUGUGGUUUGUCGGCUGGAUUGCGGUCCUGUACACCAUGGUGCUGAAUUGCUUCGGACCUGUUGCGGGAGCUUUGUCCCGUCUGCUUGGCGCCCGUGCUAUGAUGGUAUUCGGUGGAUUUCUGUAUACCUCCGGCAUCAUCUUGACGUCAGUCUCAACCACAGUUCCUCUCUUAUCCGUGUUCACCGUUGGACUUUCAGGUGUCGGAUCUUCGCUUCAUUGGAACAUCAGUUGGGCUGUAAUGGCCUCUUACUUCAAAGAGAAAUACCCGUUAGCCGUUGGAAUAUCGACGAUGGGUGAGCCUAUUGGUAUGAUGAUCUUUGGGCCCAUAACCCAGGUACUUCUGGACACCUAUGGUUGGAGAGGAACCAUGUUCUUACUGGGAGCUAUCUCGUUUCAUCUGGUGCCGUGUGCUAUGUUAGUGCAACGGGAUCCAUCGUCCUCUUUACCAGAAACUGAUCAGUACCAAGAGGUCUCGGUCAGUGAUGAGGAGGACAACAGCCAGGAGCAAGGUGGAACUGAUUACGCGAAAGAUGAAUGCGAUACAACCGACGAGGGAAAUCACUCUUACCAAAACAGUCGUCAAAGUAAGGCAGGGAGGUGUUGUCAACUCUUCAUCGAAGCGAUUGACUUCAAAGUGCUGGCAGAUGUGAGGUUCAUUCUGCUGACUUCUGGGAGAUUCACAGCCACGUUUGCCUUCAAUGCUUGGCUGGUGUUCAUGGUGCCGCACGGGCAGUUUCAGGGCCUGAGCAAUAUCCAGGCGUCGUUUCUUCCCACUGCGUUCGGGGUGGGCAACGUGGUCGGCAAGCUGGUACCACCCCUCCUGCAGAAGUUCGGCAUCCAAUCGCCCAUGGCAUUUUGGGCGUGUUCUGGGGCAGCCCUCGUGUGUGUAUCGCUAAUCGCAGAGGCUUUCAUCAAACCAUUCAUCGGGCAGUUAGCUUUUACGGGACUAGUUGGCGUUGGUUUCGCUGUGUUGUACCAAGGAAUUGACGUCAUGAUAAGAUCCCUUUCGACGGAUGACCGGUUUAUUAGUCUACUAGGAUGGCAAGGUGUCUUCACCGGCGUAGCUGGAGCGCUUGGUGGACUGGUAGCAGGUCGGCUUUACGUGUGGACGAGGAGUUUCAGCACAUCCCAUUGCGUGUUUGCUGGAGUGACGCUUCUCACUAUUCCCCUCCUAGUCGUCCAAGCCAGAUACUGCAACAAGGGAAUUAAGACACAACGCUAAUAAAAAAGAGCAGCUCGCUCGCGGCUCGCACCCACGUGACCCAUCGCUCCGAGUCGAUGGUGACGGCUAGUUUUGUUUUUGUUUUGAGUUUGUUGAAUCGUUGAACCGGGGUCAACACCUGCGCAUAGCACAUAAGUGCCUAUGCGAAUUAAUGAACAUGCAGGCGUUGAUCCCAGCAUGUUGAUACACCAGCUGUCCGCAAUGCUCCGCCUACCGAAACAAUAUAUUUUGUAAAUACUAGAAAUCUGAGCGCACUUAGAUAGGGUCCUUUUUUCGGGGGGGGGGGGGGUGGUAAACCCCCGUCUUGGACCGCAAACAAAGGGAAAAUAAUGCACAAAAACAUAGCAACCCUCUUUGCAUGGCUCGGUGUAAAUUGGUGAGGGGUUUUGGUAUGUUGAAGAAUCUCUUGUGAGAAGAUGAGUGGUUCUGAAAAGAACCGGUUGGUUCAAUGAACUCGUUCCGAUCAGUGUGCUCCGAUCGUUUUCAGGAAAAGAAAACCAUCAUCCUACUGAUCGGAACGUCGAGUUUACAACCCGACCGGUUAUUUCAGAACCACACAUCUUCUCAGAAGAGAUUGUGUCACAUGGUGCUACUACAAAUGCCCCCCCCCUCCCCCAUUGGCGCGGCAUCUAUAAUGACAGAAACCUGGAUCCGCCCACGAAGGGUUGUGAAUUCGAGCUAAAUGAGAGGAACAACUACUGCUACAUGGGAUGCCGACACCUCUAAAUCAUAACCUUUGCCCCGUCCCCACGAUCGCGAUCUGGGGGCUAUUAUAAAUAAGGGGUGACAAAAUAACUACGUUUGCAGCAAGUGAAUGGGCCUUCGCCAGGACGCAUGUUGUGCUCUUAUACCAGUUGAGGGCGCACCUUAAUUACUAAGCACUUGCAUUCUGAAUUGCCCAUACCUCGGAACCACGAUUUGCAUGUCUCUUUGUCUUGAAAGUUUUUACUCCAAAGAAAUAAAGGAUCAAACCGGACUGUAAGAGAAA